CCGGCGCUCAGCACGGGCGGCACGGACAGCUCCGCCAAGGGAGGCGCUUCCCGGCGGGGCCCGGGAGGGCGGCGAGCGGCCCCAGGGCCGGCCGGCCGCUUCCCAGCAGCGGCAACACCUCCGGGCUCUGCGCAGGGCAGGGGCACAGGCGGGCAGCGCACCCGGCUGCGGACAGCGGCGGUUGGGGCGGGAGGAUGGACACCGGCCCGCCAGGUGAACCAAGGAAAUUUGACCCGAAGUUCAGAGGACCUAUUCAUAACAGGCACUGUACAGAUGUUAUUUGCUGUGUGAUCUUCAUAGUUGUCAUUCUGGGUUACAUCGCAUUAGGAGUUGUGGCUUGGGUGCACGGUGACCCCAGGAAAGUGAUUUAUCCAACUGACAGCUAUGGGCAGUUCUGUGGUCAGAAAGAAACCCUCAAUGAGAACAAGACCAUUUUGUUUUACUUCAACAUUCUGAAAUGUGCCAGCCCCGUAGUGUUAAUAAACCUACAGUGCCCUACGACACAGCUUUGUGUUUCAAAGUGCCCAGACAGGUUUGCAACAUACAUUGAUGUUCAGGCUUCCUACAGAUAUAGACCAGAUCAGUGGAAUUACUUCAAGCAGUUCUGCAAACCUGGCUUUAACAAUCCUCGCAAGUCUGUUGCUCAAGUCCUACGUGAUGAAGAUUGUCCUUCGAUGAUCAUUCCAAGCAGGCCUUUUCUUAAGAGAUGCUUCCCAGACUUCUCCACAAAGAAUGGUGUGUUGACCGUGGCAAAUCAGACUACAUUCAAAGAUGGAAGAGGGAAAACAAGAAAUGUAACUGAUCUCAGGGAAGCUGCAAAUGGCAUCAAUAAUGUCCUGGAUGCAAGAUCAGUUGGAGUGAAAAUUUUUGAAGACUAUGCCAUUUCUUGGUAUUGGAUUUUAAUUGGCCUGUUCAUUGCAAUGAUGCUGAGUCUGCUCUUCCUUGUGUUAUUGAGGUUCACGGCUGGGGUUCUCUUCUGGAUUUUCAUCUUUGGUGUGAUCGGAAUUAUAGGUUAUGGCAUCUGGCAUUGUUACUGGGAAUAUGACCAUCUUAAAGGAAUCCCUGGAUCUGACCUCACUGUUUAUGAUAUUGGAUUCCAGACUGACUUCAAAGUGUACCUGCAACUGAGGCAAACAUGGUUAGCAUUUAUGAUAAUACUUUGUGGUGUUGAAGUCAUAAUCAUACUGAUGCUGAUCUUCCUAAGAAAUCGGAUCCGGAUUGCUAUUGCACUGCUGAAGGAAGGUAGUAGGGCUAUUGGCUAUAUAAUGUCUACACUGUUCUACCCCAUCAUCACCUUCAUACUCAUUGCAAUUUGUAUUUCCUACUGGGCUGUUACAGCUGUUUUUCUUGCCACAUCAGGAGAACCUGUGUAUAAAGUCAUGGCUAAUCAAACACUGUGCAAGUAUGCAAACCUGACUUGUGACCCAGAGACUUUUAACACAACCAAUGUGACUAAGUUGUGCCCGGGUGCUCAGUGUACUUUUGCUUUUUAUGGAGGAGAAAGCCUGUACCAUAAGUACAUCUUCAUCUUCCAGUUAGCCAAUGCCUUUGUCUUUCUCUGGCUGGUGAACUUUGCAAUUGCACUAGGUCAGUGUACUCUUGCUGGUGCCUUUGCCUCUUAUUACUGGGCCUAUCGAAAACCAGCUGAUAUUCCACUGUGGCCGCUCUUCUCUUCAUUUGGACGAGCAAUACGAUACCACACAGGUUCGCUGGCAUUUGGCGCCUUAAUUCUUGCAGUUGUCCAGCUUAUUAGAGUAAUACUGGAGUACUUGGAUCACAAACUGAAAGGUACUCAGAACUCCUUCACUAGAUUUCUACUCUGCUGCCUCAAGUGCUGUUUCUGGUGUUUGGAAAAAUUCUUAAAAUUUAUAAACAGAAAUGCCUACAUCAUGAUUGCCAUAUACGGUAAAAACUUCUGCACCUCGGCAAGGGAGGCAUUCUUUUUGCUCAUGCGGAAUGUGGUGAGGGUUGCAGUUCUGGACAAAGUUACAGACUUCCUUUUAUUCCUGGGGAAAAUCCUUGUUGCUGGUGGUGUAGGUGUCCUGGCAUUCUUUUUCUUCACACAGAGAAUACCAAUCUUUGCACAGGAAGUGCCAAUGUUAAAUUACUACUGGGUACCAUUGUUGACAGUCAUCAUUGGCUCCUACCUAGUUGCACACGGGUUCUUCAGUGUCUAUGCAAUGUGUGUUGACACGCUUUUCCUCUGCUUCUGUGAAGACCUCGAAAGAAAUGAUGGAUCUACAGCAAAACCCUACUUCAUGUCAGCUAGCCUCCACCGAAUUCUAGGGAAGAAGAAACUAAGUCCUAAGAAGGCAGUGGGAUAACAUGCACUGAACCUCGAGAUCAAAAAGUGUCACUUUUAAGCGAAACGUGUAUAAAGUAGGCAAAAGUAAAAACUGUAAAUGAUG